AUGACUUCUGAAGAGAAACAGGUGUCACAGGAGUUUCACAGUUGGUGUGAGACUGAAAGAAUUGACCCUCAACAGGCAAUUAUUCUUCUUGGGGUGCCAUCUGACACUGAUGUUGCCUUCAUAGUCACACUUCAGGUUUUGUGUGAGUGUCGAGAAAAGAUUUGUUCUACCCAGGUUCCUUCUGAAGUAUUGCCAUCAUCUGGGAAGCCCUGGAAGAUUCUUGUUGCUGCAGAGGAGGAACCGGUUGCUGGAGAUUUUCAGGAGAAACUUGCUCAGCUUCUGUCUCAGGAAGGCAAAACUAUGAGUGACUUACAAGGUAUAGUUAAUCCAUUGACAUCAGGGAUGACUUCUCCUGAAGCCAUCAUUCGGGCCAUAGGGGAAUUGCUAGAGAAAACAUCUAAGCCUGUGAGUGAUGGCCAGGCGUAUAGACGUUUGAGAAUUUUCUCUGGAGUACGCCCCAUACCGGUUGGUGAAGAAAGUAGUGAGAACUGGCUAGAACAAGCGAGGUUAAUGGUCACAGAGUGUGAUUGUUCCGCUAAAGAGAAACAAAAGCGAAUAGUCGAAAGCUUGAAGGGGUCAGCUUUAGAAGUUAUCAAGGCAGUGAGAGGCGACAACCCGGAAGCUACUGCACUAGAGUAUCUUGAGGCUUUGGAGAGUGUUUUUAGUACCUCAGAGUCGGGGGAGGACUUAUACUUUGCUUUCCGGCUGCUACGGCAAGAGUCGGGGGAGACCCUUUCUGAUUUCUUGCGAAGACUCGCGAGGUCGCUUACAUUAGUGGUAAAAAGAGGAGGGCUGAUGCCACAGCGAGCCAAUAGGGCAUGUAUUGAGCAACUACUACGGAGUGCGGUGGAAUCAGAUAUGAUGAUGUUAAAAUUGCGGCUGCGUGAAAGAAGAGAAACUCCUCCUACCUUUUUGAAACUCCUCAAUGAAAUACGGGAGGAGGAGGAGACUGAAGCAGCUAGAUGUAAACUUACUACUAAUGUAAGGGAGACACCAACGAAAGACCGUAUAUGGAGUGAUCUAGCUAGCCGGGAGGGCCGAAAAGUUGAAGUAAAAGAGCUGUGA